ACUGAAAUCAACGAAUCAGAACUCGGAGAAGAGAAGAAGAAGAAGAAGAAGAAGAAGAAGAGACAGAACUCGCAACUCGCAACUCGGAACACAUCGAUCGAAGAAGACGGCGGCUCUGAGAUCGAAAUUCUUUCUGGGGCUUCGCUCUGGAUAGUCCAACAGAGCGAAUCGUGGCUCCUUCAGGGUCACAGAGCCUCUCUCGAAGGAACCCCUCUUCUUCUACCUCUUCCUCACCACAAUCCCUAGUUUCUAGGCCGACUAAGAUUGAUCACAGAGGAACAUCACAACCUUCUCAGUCCGAUCUCCAUUUUUGGCAGCAGAACUGGUUCAUUGGCUUGCUCUUCUUCAUGGCGAUCUCCUUCUUUGCUCUCGCUUUCUUUCUAUACCUCGGCCUUAAAUUGGAUCAGAGCUCUCCUUUUCCCGCUUCGGCCGCCGCAUCCGAAGGUGUUGAGAUUACGUAUGGGGCGGUGCUUAAGUUGAUGCAUGAGAAGACGAAAUUCCGGCUGCAUUCACAUGAUGUGCCUUACGGCUCCGGAAGUGGACAGCAGUCAGUGACUGGUUUUCCUAACGUUGAUGACUCCAAUAGCUACUGGAUUGCUAAGCCAGUGCUGGACUCAUCUGCCAAACAAGGUGAUAGAAUCAAAGGUGGAACUAUUAUCAGGUUGCAGCAUAUGAAGACACGGAAAUGGCUGCACAGCCAUUUGCACGCAUCUCCAAUAUCAGGCAACCUGGAGGUGAGCUGCUUUGGAGGAGAAGAUGAAUCUGAUGCUGGGGAUUAUUGGAGGCUUGAGAUUGAGGGGGGUGGGAAAACAUGGAAGCAAAACCAGAGGAUCAGGCUUCAGCAUGUGGAAACUGGUGGUUAUCUACAGAGUCACAACAAGAAAUAUCAAAGAAUAGCUGGAGGUCAACAGGAGGUUUGUGGUGUUCGAGACAAACGUCCUGACAAUGUUUGGUUGGCAGCCGAAGGGGUAUACCUUCCGGUCACUGAAACAGAGUAGUUUCAGCCGUUCUGCUCUCAUUAACACUGAAAAACAGAUGGUAGAUGACAGUUUUUCUGGUGGUGGGUAGUGGUGAAAGCAUAGUUCCUUCGAGCAAAAGAAUCAAAUUGUUAAAAGCAUGUAAUUAGCUAUGUUUGACAGGUUCCAUCAAUUGAUUUAUUUGUCAAGAACCCCAGUUUUGAUCUUUAGGGGAAUGACCACUCGGCGUAGGGUUCGAGCAACUCCUGCACCCAUCUUUCAGUAGAUUUUGUAGAACAAACGUGUAUGGUCCUUGCAUCUGACUUUCAUUACUUUUUACUGCAUGGGCGUGUUUUUUCUGGUAA